AAGUACAUUUGGAGGCACGCGAUGAUAUGGUGUGUGGUCAUCCCACUAGUACGACUCGGGAAACCAUACAGUUUAUUAAAAUGCAUAUGAAAUACGUUACGAUUAACUUCACAUGGUGGUGAAAGUGCACGGUGUUGAGCUUGAUGCUGCUUUCCAAUUAAUAUCGAGGGUAUUAGUCUAGGGACAUGAUGCUUGACAAAUACAAAUAGUAUCGCUUUUAUCCAUAAUAAUCUCAACAUGUAGAAUAGACAACCCGCACAGCCUACCCGCAAUGUAUCUGCAAGCUGUUGGCUAUAGAGCUCAGGUGCCAAGACCAGAGUAGGCACAUUUGCUAUUGUGACAAAACUAUCGCUAAGAGUUGAAAAUGCGAUUGAAACAUAUUGAAAUUUAGAUUAUUAUUCGGUACAUGAAAAUAUGGAAGCCUUCGAAAGAUGUCUAAAAUUGAGCGUCUGAACGCCCGUGUGGCGAAACUGCUGACGGUGGCGGUGCAUGAGGUUCUGCAGGUGGUUAAAGAGACGGUGUCAGAGUAUCAGGAGAACACGGCCAGAACUCAAAGAGAGAAUGCGAGUCUGAGGAAAAUUCUGCAGGAACUCCAGGAUAAAAUGAAGAGAGAGAACACAGGUGCUGUGCAGACUGUGACUGUCCAACUUGAGCUGCAGAAUUGUAAGCAGGAACUUUCUCUGGGGGAGGACACUGAACUUUUCCCGUCUGAAGAGGAGUUGACAGAGAUUCUCUCUCCAGAGCCACAUGAUGGGCUUACCAGCGAAAAACCCUUUGGAGUCCAAACAUUUGGCUUUCCUCCUAUCAGUUUGAAAAAGAAGAGCAGGUCGUUCCAUUCAGCGUGUGGCCCAAGGAGCUUGCUGGCCGAGGAACGACCAGAAACGACCACACAGAGCAGAGAGUUGGAUCUUAAAUCUGAGAUAGGACAUGAUACACAUGUAAAGGAACACCACACUCUGGUGACUGAUACUGCGCUGUCAGAAACACUAUUGAGUCAUAUGAACUCCACUCACACUGUUUCAAACUCACUUUUCCCAAACGAUUCCCCUCAGGCCUCUCAACCACUGCUGACUUUUGAGGAGAUCAAACCAGAACCCGAAGUGGAAGCGUAUGUCACAUAUUCAACACCAAAGCAUUUUUAUGACUGUGCAGGCUCAAGCCACAUUUUACCCCAAACACAACUCAAUCGAGAGCCUCUUCAACCUAACUCAGGGUCUUAUGAACUUGUGUACUUCCAGCCUAACCAAAACUGCUCAGGGGAAUCAUUUGCAUUGGGAAACAAUGCUGAAUCGGCAUUGGACAGAUUUGAGGAACAGCACAAUACCCUCCCGUUUAGGAAAUCUUUUGGUGGAGCAGGAGGGUUGAGAAUACUCCAGCGACAUCUCGGUAGUGAGAAGCGCUACUGCUGUCCUCUGUGUGGCCGGUGCUUCAGUCACGCUGGUGAUUUUAAAAAACACAAGAGGGUCCACACUGGUGAGAAGCCAUACUGUUGUUCUGUGUGUGGAAAGCGUUUCAGUCAGUCAGGCUACCUAAAAAUACACCAAAGGUACCACACUGGAGAGCGACCGUAUGGCUGUACCCAGUGUGGGAAACGCUUCAGUCAUUCUAGUAAUUUCAAGAAGCACCAGCUCACUCACCUAGGAUCAGUGCCAUAAUGUAUGAGAACAUAAGGGAUCUUUGACUGAGAACUAUGGCAUUCCGUUAAUUUAGUUGGUCAGAUUAAGUGUAUGGGGGAAAUGUUCAGGAAAGUGAAAGGAUAAUAUCUAACAGGAGAGAAUUGCUUACUUUGUGUUUAACUUGACAUAAUUACUAAUCUUUGGUAGAGUUUUCUGAUGUGGACAGUAUUGUGAAAAGCUGGUAUUGACAUUUUCAGCACCAAAUCUCACUCAGAAUUAAUGAGCAAGACCACAAAUUACUGUAUUAUUCGUGACAAUGGUGGUGUGGGUCUGGGAAUCUUCCUAUUUGAUAUUUACUACUAGUAAACCUCUAAAUUUGAUUAGAAUGUGUAAUUCUUGUAAUUUUGAAUAAACAAAUAUUUU